AUGUCGUCGGCCGCGGCGGCUGGCGAGGGCGACGCCGAGGGCGCCGAGCCCCUCGGCGGCGCCGGCCGCGUGCUCGCCCGCGCCCUCGACAAGGUCAUCAAGCACUCCUCCUGGCGGAAGCACUCCGCGCUCGUCGCCGCCUCCAAGUCCGCCCUCGACCUCCUCUCCGCCUCCGCGGAGGCCGAGGCUUCCCCCAUCCCGGGGGUCGCCGCGGCCGCCGCCGACGCGGCGGUCCGCGCGCUCCUGAUCGCGCUCGACCCCGCCUCCCCCAAGGUCGCCGAGCCCGCUCUCGAGUGCGUCUCCAGCCUGCUCUCCCUCCGCCUCCUCCUCGGCGAGGUCGUCGUUGUCGCCGCUGGUGACGGCGCCUCGCCGGUCUCCAGGCUCUUCGCGGCCGUGAUCUCCUGCGGAGGCCUCGGGGACGAGGCCCUCGAGCUCGCCGCGCUCCGCGUGCUCGUCGCCUUCGCGCGCUGCCCCGUGGUCUCCGUCUCCGGGGACUGCCUGGGCCAGAUCGUCAAGGCGUGCUACAACCUGUACCUGGGGAGCGCGAGCGGCGGGAACCAGCUCUGCGCGAAGCUGGCGCUUGCCCAGGUGCUGGCCAUCGUGUUCGCGCGCGUGGAGGCGGACGCCAUGGACGUGCGCGUGCGCACGGUCUCUGUCGCCGACAUGAUGGACCUCUCCGAUCGCAGCCUGAAUGACUCCAGCGUAGUGCAGGCGGCACAGGCGUUCAUAAACGAGGCCAUGGAGGGGAGCGAUGUGCCAGAGGAGGCACCCCCGUUGGAUUUGCCAGCUGAGGCAGAUGGGAGUGGAGAAGGUGAGGGGAUGAGCAAGAUCAGAGAGGAUGGGCUGGCGUUGUUCAAAAACCUCUGCAAGCUAUCAAUGAAGUUUGCCACGCCGGAUAACCCUGAUGAUCCAGUGCUGCUGCGGGGGAAGGUUUUGUCGCUCGAGCUGCUUAGAACGCUCGUUGACAAUGCAGGGCCAUUCUGGAAGUCAAAUGAAAUGUAUCUUGAAGCAAUUAAGAAGCACCUAUUUUUAUCCUUGCUGAAGAACAGUGCCUUGUCAGCAAUGAGUGUUUUCCAGCUUUUGUGCUCCAUUUUUAUUGGUCUGCUGUCAAGGUUCAGAUCUGGGUUGAAAGAGGAAAUUGGAUUAUUUUUUCCUAUGCUUAUCCUAAGAGUUCUUGAAAAUGUUCUUCAGCCUAGCUUUCUGCAGAAAAUGACAGUUCUAAACUUUUUGGAGAAAAUAUGUAAAGAGCCUCAGGUUAUCAUUGACAUUUUUGUGAACUAUGAUUGUGAUGUUGAUGCACCAAACAUCUUCGAAAGGAUUGUCAAUGGAUUAGUAAAGACUGCUUUAGGUGUCCCUGCUGGAUCGACAACAACAUUAACUGUCGCGCAAGAUCAAACAUUUCGAAUUGAAUCUGUCAAGUGCCUUGCAGUUAUUGUUAAGUCAAUGUGUUCCUGGAUGGACCGACAACUGAGAAUUGGCGAAUUUUCGCCUAUUAGUUCUGAAACUCCUGGUUCAAUGGACAAUAAUACUACCCAUAAUGGAGGUGGUAGUGGAAUGGAUUAUGACAUGCAAUCUGACUCAAGCAGCCCUGAAAUGUCAGAUUCUUCCUCACUUGAGCAACGGCGUGCCUAUAAAAUAGAACUUCAGAAAGGAAUUGCUUUAUUUAACAGGAAGCCUUCCAAAGGUAUUGAUUUUCUUGUCCGCAGCAAGAAAAUAGGCCAUUCUCCGGAAGAUGUGGCUUCUUUCUUGAAAAACACUGCUGGCUUAAAUGCAACAAUGAUUGGAGACUAUUUGGGUGAGAGGGAUGACUUCCCCCUCAAAGUCAUGCAUGCUUAUGUGGAUGCACUGAACUUUGAAGGCAUGGACUUCGGUGAAGCAAUCAGGUUUUUCUUGCAGGGUUUCAGAUUACCAGGGGAAGCACAGAAAAUUGAUCGGAUCAUGGAAAAAUUUGCUGAACGCUACUGUAAAUGUAAUCCAAAUGCUUUUACCAGUGCAGAUACUGCCUAUAUUCUUGCUUACUCGGUUAUCUUGCUAAACACUGAUGCUCACAGUGUCAUGGUUAAAGAUAAGAUGUCUAAGGCUGAUUUCAUGCGCAAUAACCGAGGAAUUGAUAACGGGAAGGACUUGCCUGAAGCUUAUCUGAGUGCAUUAUAUGACCAAAUUGUCAAUAAGGAAAUCAAAAUGAGUGCUGAUUCUUCAGCAGAACAGCUCAAACAACCCAAUAGCAUAAGCAAGCUUCUUGGCUUAGACAAUAUCAUCAGCUUUGUCAAUUGGGGACAGGCAGAAGACAAAGCACUAGGUGCAAAUGACUUGCUCAUUAAGCACAUACAGGAGAAAUUUAAAGCAAAAUGCAGGAAAUCAGAGUCUGUGUUUUAUAUUGUCUCUGAUGCAACUAUCUUAAGAUUCAUGAUGGAGGCCUGUUGGGCUCCUAUGAUGGCAGCAUUCAGUGUGACACUAGACCAAAGUGAUGAUAAGGCUUCCGCAUCGCAGUGUUUAAAGGGAUUAAGAUUUGCUGUGCAUAUCACUUCUGUUAUGUGCAUGCAGACACAGAGAGAUGCUUUUUUGACAUCCAUAGCCAAAUUCACAUCCCUCCAUUGUGCUGCAGACAUGAAACAAAAGAAUGUUGAUGCUAUGAAGGCUAUCAUAUCCAUAGCAAUCGAAGAUGGCAAUUACUUGCAAGAAGCAUGGGAGCAUGUAUUGACUUGUUUGUCACGGUUUGAGCAUUUACACCUGCUUGGAGAAGGGGUGCCUACUGACUCUUCAUUUCUUACAGUUCCCUUGGUUGAGUUAGAACAAAAAAAUCAGAAGUCCAGCUCUGGUUUAUCUUCGAAGAGAACCAAUGCUCUUCAGAAUCCUGCUGUGAUGGCUGCUGUUAGAGGGGGUUCUUAUGACAGCACAGUGGCAAAAACCAGUGCCUCAUCAUUGGUCACUCCUGAACAGAUCAGUAACUUCAUAUCGAACUUAAAUUUGUUGGACCAGAUUGGUAUUGUUGAGUUAAAUCAUAUAUUUACCCACAGUCAAACAUUAAACAGUGAUGCAAUUGUUGCAUUUGUGAAAGCUCUUUGCAAGGUCUCAAUGACUGAGUUGCAGUCUCCAACGGAUCCUCGUAUCUUCUGCCUUACAAAAAUAGUAGAGAUCGCGCAUUACAAUGUAAACCGCAUACGUUUGGUGUGGACUCGAAUCUGGAAAGUUCUGUCAGAAUUUUUUGUAUCUGUUGGCCUACUAGAAAACCUUUCUGUUGCAAUAUUUGUGAUGGACUCUCUGAGGCAGCUGGCAAUGAAGUUUCUUGAAAGAGAGGAAUUGGCAAACUAUAACUUUCAGAAUGAGUUCCUUAGACCUUUUGUGAUUGUUAUGCAGAAGAGCAAUGCUCCAGAAGUACGAGAGCUGAUUGUCCGGUGUGUCUCACAGAUGGUUCUAAGUCGCGUCAAUAAUAUAAAAUCUGGCUGGAAGGGUGUUUUUAUGGUAUUUACUACUGCUGCAGCUGAUGAUACAAAAAGUAUUGUCCUAUUGGCAUUUGAAACUGUAGAAAAAAUUGUUCGAGAUUAUUUUCCAUACAUAACUGAGACGGAGAACAGCACAUUCACUGAUUGUGUUAACUGUCUUAUUGCAUUUACAAGUAGCCAAUUUAAUAGUGAUGCUAAUCUCAAUGCUAUCGCAUUUCUCCGAUUCUGCGCUGUUAAACUUGCCGAUGAAGGAUUUGGUUGUCAGGAAAAUUGUGCCAGUGAACCCAGGAAUUUAGUCAUGUCAGAUGGAAAUGCCACCGUGAAAAAGGAUAAUUCUAUUUCCUUCUGGAUUCCUCUCCUUGCAGGUUUAGCCAAAUUGACUAGUGAUUCAAGGUCAACUAUCAGGAGAAGUGCUGUAGGGGUACUCUUUGACAUUUUGAAGGAUCAUGGAUACCACUUCUCACAGUCCUUUUGGACCACUAUAUUUGAAUCUGUUGUUUAUCCUCUAUUUAGCAGUGAAAGGUCUUCAUCAAAUGAUCGAACCUCAACAUCAAAUAAACCUGAGGAUGACUUUUCAAAUCUUGAAACCCAGACAUUGGCAGUUAAAUGUUUGGUGGGUUUGUUUAUUAAUUUCUUUGAUGUUAUGCGGCCAGAACUUUCUAGGGUUGUGUCUAUUAUCACAUAUUUUGUCCGAAGUCCCUUCAAACAUUCUGCUAGCAUAGGUGUAUCUGCUUUGAUGCGCUUAAUUGAGGGAGUUGAUACUGAGCUUUCCAAGGAGGAAUGGACAGAGAUAUUGCUGCGCUUCAAGGAAUCAGUGUCACAUACCUUCCUCAUAUUUUCUAAAAUUGCAAGAAUGAUGCAAGAUGUUGAUAUUCCUGAUAGAUAUGAACCUUAUUCAGAAACCGAUCAAUACUCAGAUCACGAAAAUUACGGCAAUGAGGAAGAGGAAGCUAAUAUGGAGACAACUUCUUAUGCUAUUGUCAAACUGAAGAAUCAUAUGGCUCUGCUCCUUUUAAUUGUUCAGGGAAUCAUUAAAUUAUAUGAGGAACACAGAAAAUAUCUGUCUUCUGAUCAUAUUAGCAUUCUUUUGGAGAUGAUAUCAGCUAUUGCGACACAUGCAAGUGAAGUGAGCUCUGAAUCUUCUUUGCUUAUGAAGUUCCAUAAAGCAUGUUCCCUUUUGGAGGUAUCUGAGCCAGCAAUUGUCCAUUUUGAAAAUGAGUCAUACCAGACCUACCUCAAGCUUCUGCAAGCCGUGUUUCGUGACUAUCCAUCCAUGUCAGAAGAAAUGGACAUUGAGUCACAAAUACUCCAUGUUUGUGAGAAAAUACUGCGGAUAUAUCUAAGGUGCACACAGCGUGAACCAUCUGAUGAAACUUUGCACAGAAGCACAUCUAUACAUUGUGUAGUGCCACUUGGUGCUGCUAAAAAAGAGGAGCUGGCAGCUAGGACUUCAUUAGUCCUUCUAGUGAUGCAGUUACUGGGCAACCUAGAGGAGGAUUCAUUCAGGAGAGUACUGCCCUGGUUUUUCCCGUUGCUGGUUGAUCUGAUUCGUUGUGAGCAUAGCUCUGGAGAAGUUCAACACGCUCUGUACAAAAUCUUCCAGUCAUCAAUAGGCCCCAUGCUAACAGUAUAAUGGGACACAUUUGUCCUGCUAGGUGUACACCUUUGAGACUCCAUGUUGUCAAAGAUAUUCCAUAACCUAGAGGGGCCCCUGAUCACUGUUUGGCAUCCUGGAGUUCAAGGUGGAAAUUCAUCAUCAGUUCUGGGCACUUGCAUAGUGUACUAUAUAUUGUCAAUUGAACCUUUCAACUGAGACCAACCUGUCGCCCGUCCUAUAUUUUGCUGUAUAACAUGAUCAGCCAGAUACGAGGGGGAAGGGGAUCGAUUUUGCCGGUAUUCCUUUCCGGCAAUAUGAGACUAUCAGUAACUGAACACUGUAGCCGGAUUUUACCCCUUAUGGACGGACUCUUUUGAGAUUCAUGUGUGGAGGUAAUAUUUCAGAAUCCUGUUAUGCAGAAGGGCAACAUGCUCGCAAUCCAUCAUGUAUAUUACUAUACUAGUUCCAUAGUACCAUGUGAUGUGGAAACGCCUGUGUGGCUGUGCUACACGGAAAUCGUUUGAAGAUUUGAUUUUUUUUUUUUGAUAAUAUCUUCUGUAGUGAAACUAAAUUAGCGUGCGAGACUAGCCUUGUAUGUAAGAUGAGCAGAGUGUGUGUAAUUCUUUGUUGGAUGCGUAAUAUAGUGAAAAGAAUGUUGUUUGCCGAAUGAUUUAUGGAAACUCAUCAAGCCACUAAGAACACUAAGCGUGUAUUAAGGCAGCAAAUGCAGAAUUUUUGCUAGGGUGAAGAUAGAAGACUGACAGCUGUCCAAAUUAUCUACGUGU